AUGCACUGGAUCGACAGUUUCGACGACCUGCAGCUGGACAUCGUCGGUAUCAUCGCUGUCUUGGGCGAGGCAUCGGUUACGAGAAAUGCUCAGGUAACUAGUCUAUCUUGGUGGUCAGCCAUUCCUCGUCUCCUGCCAGCCCCUCAAGCAUUGUUGGAGCAUGAGCGCAAAUCGCGACUACCAACCGCGCCAGGUAUAGUUGCAGGUGCUUACUCGGGAAAUAUAAAGAAGGAGAUCAACUUCUUCGCUCAACUUGUCCACCCGCGACAGCUUGAAGAGUAUGAGGUCGAGCUGGUCGAAGUCACGCGCAGGAAAGAAGCGAAGGAUGCCUUCGGCGCGCAAACAUUCGGACCGUUACUUUGGGUCUCGCUGCUUGGGUUCAGUAUGAGUAUUGCUCUGGUUGUGCUGUCGGUGAUCUACCACGAUGGGUUCGCUUUGCUCGCAACAAUCAUGCUAUCGAUGGUGAGCUGUGCGGUAGGAUUUGGUACACGUUGGGAAUUGGUUUUCGCAGAACCAGAGAUCAAGAAAGAGCGAGAGAACAAGAUGCCUCGUUCGGAUGUUCUAAUAUACUACCCAAAUGGCGCUAUUCGAGUCAUUCGUCCUGCUUAUGAGGAGAUCGCUCGUCUGUACUUUCAGACAGAGCAUGCAAGAUAUAAGAUUGACGAUACGCCUUAUAGGACACUUGCGCUGUUCUCGACCAUCAUGCUCAUAGCAGGAGUAGUAUCCCUCGCGAAUGCUUCCAACAAACUGCAAGUAUCGUUUACGGCUGCUUACGUACUGCUCAACGUGCUCUACUGGGGUGUCUCUGCGUUGAAUCCCUGCAGAUUCCACUGGAAGCAUGCUUAUCAGACUCGCGUCCUCGAUAUCGCGCCGCUGCCCGGACCUCACGACAAGGCACUGGACUACAAAGGCGUUGUCAAAAGGUCGGUUCGACAGCUUCGCCAUGACUGGCAUCAUUUCCAAAGGUCAUGGGGCCUGGUCGAACCGGCCAGAAUUUCCCGCACAUUCGUGGACCCCGAGAUUGGAGCGAGGACUUUCACAGCAGCACUGUGGACAGCCAUCGUAUUGACGGGAACCGCGCAAUGGCUCAAUGAGGCGACAGCGAUCGCUCCAGUGAAUGGGGCGUGGAAAGCGUGGAUUACCGAAGCCGACUCCAAAGUCGAGCCAAUUGAUCUCUUUGAAGGCAGGCACCAACCGCACCGUACGUCGGCUCUGCCUCGACAAGGCACGAACUGGAGGCAGACACGUUUUCAAACCGGUCCAGAUGCCAGGGACAAACGGCGCAUCAUCAUUCGAGACAAAAUACGCGACUGGAAGUACGAUGAGCGACUCACAAGUAUUCUUGCGGAGCAUGCCAAUAAGACAAGAAAGCCAUACCCCGAUGAGACAGACGAGACAGUUGAGAUAACACCUGAAAAGCAUGAUGUUGCAAUAUCCAUCGAUGGUUCUUCGGCUGCCUCUGGGGAACGGCUGGCAACAGCGCGUUUGUCACGUAGAAUUGACAGUGGUGCUGGCAUCUCCGGAACAACAAUCACAGCCGGAGUGGAGGUGGUCGAUAUGUUGACUCAAUCGAGCGAAGUUGAAAAGGGCAAAGAGUGA